UGUGAUGCUCAAAUUAGGCCGAUGAUGGCGGUCAAGAAACGCCAAAAGACUCUCUCGCAUGGCCGACCGCCUCUCAGCAGACCAAAAGAGCGGAUGAGCUCGCAGCAAUCCCGAACCAUCAUUCGCACCCACCAUCGACUGCAAAAGGAACAUGCAGCAGCCUUGAGGAAGGGAGAUGCGCGCCUCGCAGAGGAGAUUUCAAGAGCUAUUGAGAAGAACGGUGGUCUGAAAGUCUACCAGGCAGCCAGCAAGCAAGGCCAGUCAAAAGACCGAGGCGGCGACUCCAGCAAAGUGCUUGUGGAAUGGUUACGGGAAGCAAACGUCAUCCAGUCCGACAAUGUCGUGGACGAGCAUAUGGAUGGCGGCUCGGCAGUAUAUAGGUGUCUCGAAGUCGGCGCGCUGUCGCCUGAGAAUGAGAUUUCGAAAGUUCCGAAGCAAAUUCAGAUGACGAGAAUCGAUCUAAACAGCCAAGGACCGGGCAUCGAAAAGCAGGACUUCAUGAAGAGGCCGCUACCUAGCUCUCCAGAUGAGGACUUCGAUAUCGUCUCCCUUUCUCUGGUCCUCAACUACGUCCCAGAUCCGACCCAGCGCGGUGAAAUGCUGAAGCGUGUCACUCGGUUCCUUCACCGCGACAUGGGUCGAUCGACGACACGGAAUUCUGCGUUGCCGGCCUUGUUCCUUGUCCUGCCAUUACCUUGCGUGGAGAACUCGAGAUAUCUGGACGAACAAUUGUUGCUCCAAAUCAUGGAGAAUCUCGGGUUCGCUCUGACGAACAAGAAGACUACGCCGAAGCUUUGCUACUACCUAUUCAGCAUGACGCGAAGGCCGAACCUCACGAAGACGGAUAAGCGGAAAGUAAGAGAUGGGCCGUUGAUGAACAACUUCUGCAUCGUUGUCGAAUGAAGCUUGGCGGGGGAGAUGCCCGAUUACAUCAGAAAGAGCAUAGCGUUAGUAGCUCACCACAGCGCUUACGAUAUCCAUCCGCUCCUUUCUUCCAGGGCCAGCCAUAGCGAUAGUGUUGGCUGCUCUGUGAUUCAAUCAAAAGCUGCGCCGCAAUAAAUGCCG